AUGACAGGCUUCUGCUGGAGCUCGGUGUGCGGGCCCCGGCGCGGAGGAGGCUGGGCGGGCCCCACGGCGCUGCUCUGCGUCUACGGGUUCAGCUCCAUGCUGAGGCCCACGGAGCCGUUCCUCACCGCGUUCCUCAUCGGGCCGUACAAGAAUCUGACCGUCCAUCAGGUGACCGAGCAGGUCCUCCCAGUGUGGGCCUACUCCAGCCUCCUCCUCCUCAUCCCCGUGUUCCUACUCACCGACCCCCUGAGAUACAAGCCUGUGAUCGUUCUCCAGGCUCUGAGCAACGUGCUCGCCGUCCUCCUCCUCCUCUUCUGCACGGGUGUCUCCUCUGCCCAGGGCGCCCUCUUCGUCUACAGCCUCGCCACGGCGGCCGACGUGGCCUACUUCUCCUACAUCUACACCGUGGUGCACCCCGGGCGCUACCAGCGGGUGACGAGCUACGCCCGCGCCGCCGUCCUCCUGGGGUACGCGGCCGGGGCGGCCCUCGGGCAGCUCCUGGUGUCCCUGUGGGGGGUGGUCCUCUACUGGCUCGCCGUGACCACCCUCGUGUCCCUCUGCCUGGCGCUCUCCGUCUCCUUUCUCCUGCCCAUGCCCGGGAAGAGCCUGUUCCGGAGGGAGACCCUGGCGGACGGAGGUCCGGGCGACGACGGGCCGCGGGAGCCCGAGGGACGGGGGGUGUCCUGGGGCGGGAGGGCCGGGAGGGCCGGGCGGGAGGCGGCGGCUGCCGUGAGGAGGCUGUGGAGGGACUGUAGGGAGUGCUACUCGUCCGUGGCGGUGCGGUUCUUCUGCGUGUGGGUGGCCGCGGGCAGGUGUGGCUUCUAUCAGGUCUCCAGCUACGUGCAGCUGCUCUGGGAGGCCAAACAGCCCAGAGACAACUUCACCGCCUACAACGGAGGGGUGGACGCCUUCGCCACGCUGUCAGGGGCGGCAGCCUCCGUAGCAGUGGGCCACGUGGCGCUGGACUGGUCCGUGUGGGGGGAGCUGUUCCUGGGGGUGUUCACCGCCCUGCUCGCCGGAGCCCUCUACCUGAUGGAGCUCACGUGCAGCAUCUGGGUCUGCUACGGCUGCUACGCCCUCUUCAAGACCGUCUACAUGCUGGUCAUUACCGUGUGCACUUUUCAGAUCGCCCGUAACUUGAGCCGGGAGCGCUACGCCCUGGUUUUCGGGCUCAACUUCUUCAUGGGCACGGCCUUGCAGAGUCUCCUCACGGCCAUAGUGGUCAGCAGUCUGCGGAUGGCCAUCACCACACAGUUUGUCGUUUACGCCUCCUACUUUGCCGCCAUCUCCGUCCUGUUCCUGCUCCGCGGGGUGCACACCGUGCUCAGGGUCAGACACAGUCCUGGGGGGAGGUCCAGCCCAGCGGAUCGGCAGUCCGAGACCAGCCCUGACGUCACGGAAGUCCCCCAUACGUGA